UUAGGUUAUGUGACAAAUUAGUAACAAUUUUAUUUAAAAUUAUCUUUUUGUUUGUAGUACUAUUAUUCUGUCAUUGAUUUUGUGUAAAUAAUUUCAAACAUGAGGAGAUCUUUGCAAUUAUGCCAAAAGGUUGGCGAUUUAACAAAACAAUAUUCCAAUUUGCCAGAAAGCUACAUUAAGCGAAGCAUGGAACAAGUAUAUUGGAAAACUCCUAACAAACCGAAUUAUUCGAGGAAAGAAAUCAAAAAAAGGAAGUUCUACUUCGGAGCUCACCGACCAUGGUCUCAAGAAUUCCGACAAGAUAAUUCACCUCUUGAUGCCAAGAAAAAAAUCUUCAUCGAGCCUAUUAAAGAUUGGUCUUUCUUCAGAGGCGAUAGAGUAGAAGUACUUGUUGGAAAGGACAAAGGUAAACAUGGUAUAAUAGUUCAAAUAUUUCAAGAACGAAAUUGGGUUAUCGUAGAGGGAUUGAAUUGUUACCUAAAAACUGUUGGAAAAGAUAAAAAUUUCCCCGGAAUCACCAUCAAACAAGAAGCUCCAUUGCUUGUUACUAGUGAAGUCGCUUUAGUAGAUCCAACUGAUUUGAAGUCUGGACCAGUAGAGUGGCGCUACACAGAAGAAGGAGAAAAGGUUCGAGUAUCUGUUAGAACUGGAAGAAUAAUUCCAAUUCCGAAAAUGGCUUCCGAAACUUUUGAUUAUAAAACACCUUCAGCAUAUAUAGAACAACCAAAAGAUACUACAGCAGAUGCAGCAAGUCAAAUCACAUUUCAACCAAUGUUGAAAACAUUUGAGAUGGAUAUUAUGGAUAAAAUGGGUAUAAAAGAAGACAGAGUUCCUGGCAAAACCUAUUGGUAUUGAAGUAGUCUAUUUUGGUGAA